AUGAGAAAAAUGUCGGUUGCUUCAGUCAGCCUCUCUUCGUACGAUGCGAAAACCACCGAAAAUUACCGAGGAAUGGGAGCAAUGGGAGGAGUAGGCCGAGCAACGGGAGUAGGAAGCAGUGGUGAAGAAGAAGAAGAAGAACAAGACGAGGAUGAAGAAGAUGAAGAAAGAGGCGUAGGCGAGACAGCACUAGUUGCGGUCUCAACGUCUAUAGCAGGAACGUUGGAUGACAGCACUUUGAGCUCGAAACCAAGCUGGAAUAGUCACCCACAACAGCAGCAGCAGCAGGAGCAGUAUCUACGGCAGCACAAAAGACAUCACGGCUGGAGACGACAAAGCAGACGGGAGUACACCAAAAGGAAUGAGGCAUGCGGUAUGUGUGGAUGCAAACCGAGAUGGAUGCAAAUAUUCAACAACCCGCGAGCCUUGCUAUUCUUUCUCUGUUCGGGAUCUUUUAUUCAAGGUAAGUACUGUUUCUUUUCACGACUUUUAUUCACUGUUGUCAUUAGUAACUAUCUAUCUCAGUCUGUUAAUAGCUAUCUAUCUCAGUCUGUUAAUAGCUAUCUAUCUCAGUCUGUUAAAAGCCAUCUAUCUCAGUCUGUUAAUAACCAUCUAUCUAUCUAUCUAUCUAUCUAUCUAUCUAUCUAUCGUAAUCUGUUCAUAUCUAGCUAUCUAUCUGUCUUGUGUUUUAGCAGAUUGUCAUUUGACGAUACGAUCUGUUUCAAGGCGUGUAAGUAA